AUGAUGACAUCGCACAAGCUCGACAUUUCCGCCGUCGGCCGGGGUGUGACACCGGAUGCAAAUCUUGACACAUUUUUAUCUUCUGGUCCUACUUCUGCUCAAGAAAGAAGAGAGAAGAAAGCCAGGGUUAAGCAGCUCAUAGGGAAGAUGCUAGUUAUGAAGCAUUGUGGUCGAAAUUCUCCUGGUGAUCACCUUGAGAUGUUUUUCUGGGAGACUGGGAAGAAAUUUAUAGAUAAGCAUGGAGACCGCUCUGGCUUUUUGAUGUGGGGAUAUGAUGCAGAUAAGAAAAUGUGGAUUGUAAAGUGUAAGAGCGAACAAAUUGAGUAG